GUUCCGAACCAACAGCAGCCGCAUUAGCAACUCCAAGAACAACUGUCAUGGUUGUGAUGUGUUGAUCAAGGAAACGACCGAGAGCCGAGAGCAUCUGCUGAACUCUGAACCGAGUGUUUACCGUUGACUGUCACCUCAAGCGACUCGAACUUCUCCAGCAUGUCAAAUUUCGACGACAACCCGUUCGCAGAUCCUCAAGCAGCGAGCCCAUUCAGCGACCCGGCUAUCCAACGGGCCACCCAGCAGGCCCCCACAGGAAACUUGGGCAUCGACGAAUACAAUCCCUUCGAAAACCCCGUCGCUCCCUCCAACGGGGCAUCGACCGGAGCUCAGCUGCCCCCCGACCCCGCGAAAAGACAACAGGGUCAAGCGGCAACAAAGCCGAGUCUGCCAGCUGUCAUGCAGCCCUUAUCGGAUCCUGCUCAAAAGGCCAAAGUCACCGCGGAAGAGCUCCAGAAACGUCAAGAGGAGCUCGACAGACGUGCCGCGGAACUCGAAGCUCGGGAAGAGGCGCUCCGCAGCGGAGGUUUCACCGUCAAGCAACACAACUGGCCGCCUCUGCCCUCUUUCUGUCCAGUGAAACCAUGUUUCUACCAAGAUAUAAGUGUCGACAUACCUACAGAGUUCCAGACGACCGUUCGGACCAUGUACUAUCUGUGGGGUUUCUACGCGCUGCUUCUCCUAGUGAAUAUUUUUGGGGCCGUGAUGUUGUUCCAUUUCGACAGUUCGAAGCUCGAUGUGAUGGCCGGCUCGAUCGUAUCGUUCGUGCUCUACGUGCCGUUAGCGUUCGUAGGGUGGUUCCGACCCAUCUACCGCGCGUUCCGGAGCGACUCGUCGUUGAACUUCAUGGUAUUCUUCCUCGUCUUCACGGUGCAGGUUAUCCUAUCGAUCGUCUCCACGACAGGCGUCGCUGAUUACGGCGCCAUCGGAGUCUUCACCGCGAUUGGAGCUUUCGGCACCAGCAAAUUCCUGGGAGUGUUGCUCUCGAUUAUCGCGGCUUGCCAGGGUCUCUUCGCGCUCGCUUGUUUCGUCAUGUUGAUGCGCAUCCACCGUUUGUACAGAGGGACAACAGCUAGUUUCUCGAACGCCCAGGCCGAAUUCGCUUCCGGAAUCAUGCGAAACGAACGCGUACAGCAGGCCGCGGCCAACAUCGCCGCCGACGCCGCCCGUCAAACCGUCCAAAACCAAUUUUCUGGUAGCCGUUAUUGACCUAUGGAGUAAAGUCGUCGAGCUCUGAUUUCAUUCCAAUCUCGACGCACCGGCCAUUUGGAAAAAUUUCAAACGGAGAUUCGAAGAGCUGUACAAAGUUAAUUAAGCAAGUGUUACCCACCCCCUGCAUAUCGAACGCAAGGCUUUUCGUCCAUUCCCUGCGACCGCCUGGGACCUGCAUGCCUGACCGCUUUUUAUGUCCCUCUGUCAGCGAAUCAUACAGCGCGCAUGCAUAUGAGCGCUUUAAUGCGUCUGUCUAGCGGUGCAACGAGGAAAAAACAGCAAAAAAGAACGAUUUCUCUCCCUUCGUGUCAUCUGUUGCGGGACAGUCGAAGAUCUGCGAGGAGAUACGGCGAUACCUCCUUUGUGAUAUUUCUCUCCGAACUUCUCAACUUUGAUAUCGUCGCUCGUCCUAAUCAACUAACGCCGAGAAAGGUUUCACUUCCUUGAGCUCAGCGCUUCGCGGAUUCGGAUUUCGCGGAACCUCCUCAAAGACAAUCACUCGAUUCGAUUGAAGGCAACUCGACUGCUGGCUGGAACUGAAGAAAUCUUUGGCUUUGGAGCGCUCUCGAGUAAUCCAAUCGUCUUUUAGGUCUUAGAAAUCGGCGGAAGGAGAUUAUCGGCAUCUCUCUAGACACCUAUCGCUGGGAGUUCAGGUUUGACAUCCUUGGGAGAAGAUGGGCCCAAGCUGGCCGGCUCCACGUGGAACCUUUCAAAUGUUCAAUAAACAACUCUUAAUCUCUUCCCGCCUUGAGGCAAAACGACUGCGGAGACCGGAAGUAGGAGUAAGAACGCGAAGAUCCCAUGUGAGAUGUGAGACAAAGCUUUAUCCGUCACGGUCAUUGCGAAUAGUGAACCUUGAAUGGUAGGACCCAGUUCAUGGCAGGCGGUCCGAGCAUGAGCUAAACAGUAAUUCUAUUAUCAUGAGGACUUCGACUGGGCCUGCCGGGUUGGUUCCGUUACCCUUGCCACCAAUGAACCCUCGUCAUUACUAUCUAGCCAGGUCUCGAUGCUCAGGAGGUUUUGAUGACGUUGAUGACUUAUCAUCGUAUAAGUGUAUUAUACCGGGAGUCCUUCGCCAAAAUGGAGAAGAUCCGGAAACAAUUCAUCA